UAUAUUUUCCUUCAAGAACAAUUCCCCAACAAUGGCCGGUGUUCACGAUAAGUACCAGUCACCUUUGACCUCUCGUUAUGCCUCCAAGGAGAUGGCUUACAACUUUUCUGACGACAAGCGUUUCUCUACUUGGCGUCAACUUUGGACCAACUUGGCUAUUGCUGAAAGACAACUUGGUUUGACUGAUAUCACUGAAGAGGCCAUUGAGCAAAUGAAGGCCAAUAUCUUUAACAUUGAUUAUGUUAUUGCUGCUGAAGAGGAAAAGAAGCGUAGACACGAUGUGAUGGCUCACGUCCAUACCUUUGGUUUAGUUGCUCCUGCUGCUGCCCCCAUUAUCCAUUUGGGUGCUACUUCUUGUUACGUUACUGACAACGGUGAUUUGAUUAUUAUCAAGGAUGCUUACGAUAUUGUCAUCAAGAAGCUCGCAAAGUGUAUUGACAUUCUUUCCAAGUUUGCUGAAGAAUACCGUGCUUUACCUACUUUGGGUUUCACUCAUUUCCAACCUGCUCAACUUGUCACAGUUGGUAAGCGUGCUACUUUAUGGAUCCAAGAGUUGUUAUGGGAUUUACGUAACUUUGAGCGUGCACGUGAUGAUCUCAAGAUGCGUGGUGUCAAGGGUACUACGGGUACUCAAGCCUCCUUCAUGGCUCUUUUCAAUGGUGAUCAUGAUAAGGUUGAAGAAUUAGAUCAAUUGGUCACUGAGCUCUCUGGUUUCAAGGAAGCUUAUCCUGUGUGUGGUCAAACUUAUGCUCGUAAGAUUGAUAUUGAUGUCAUCCAUCCUCUUUCUGGCUUUGGUGCUUCUGCUCAUAAGAUUGCCACCGAUAUCCGUCUUUUAGCCAACUUGAAGGAGAUUGAAGAACCUUUUGAGAAGGAUCAAAUUGGAUCUUCUGCCAUGGCCUAUAAGCGUAACCCUAUGCGUUCAGAGCGUGUGUGUUCUCUUUCUCGUCAUUUGAUGAUCCUCAUCAACGAUGCUCUUCAAACCAGUGCUGUUCAAUGGUUCGAACGUACUUUGGAUGAUAGUGCUAACCGUCGUAUCUCACUUCCCGAAGCUUUCUUGACGACCGAUAUUGUCUUGACCACCUUACAAAACAUCUUUGAAGGUAUGGUUGUGUACCCCAAGGUCAUUGAACGUCGUAUUCUCCAAGAAUUGCCCUUUAUGGCUACCGAGAACGUUAUCAUGGCCAUGGUAAAGAAGGGAGGUGAUCGUCAAGAAUGUCACGAAGAGAUCCGUGUGUUGUCUCAUGAGGCCGCCUUUGUGGUCAAGAUGGAAGGUGGAGAAAACGAUUUGAUUGAACGUAUCAAGAAGACUAAAUAUUUCGAACCUAUCUGGGCUGAACUUCCUGCUUUAUUGGAUCCCUCUACUUUCAUUGGUCGUGCUCCUCAACAAGUCGACUCUUUCUUGCUCAAGCAUGUGAAGCCUGCAUUGGCUCCUUAUGCUGAUUCUCUUAAAGAUCAUACCAAGGCCGAAUUAUCCGUUUAAAAAAAAACACACAUAUUCUCGACUGUACAUUUUUUACCAUCAUAAAUUAUUUUUUGUUUUUCUCAAUUU